AUGGCUGGUCUUUCGAAAGGUGAACGCGGGUAUUCCCCAGAGGAAUCAUCCGAUCCCAUCAACCCCACAAACCAAGUACCAGACCGAUCCGCCGAAACAGCCAGCAGCUUGACGGAGAGCAUACACCAAUCCUUGCAGCCGGGAGACACCAAAGCAACCACCCGCCGCCUCUCGGAUACACCCAGUAACACGCAGGCGUCGCGAGAUUGGAUCCCCGUCCCGCACGGUGGAGUCGGAGAUCAGGAUAAGCUUCGCAGACAGGAGCAGGAGAGGGAGGAGUACAGUGGGAAGAGUAUGUUGCAGCGGGCACAGGAGACUGUGGCCAAGGCUUUGGGUGGGGGGUCCAGAGGUGCUACUUAG